UAAACAUCAGUUAUCAACAGUAACAAUGUUUGCUGAACACAAAAACUCAUACUUACAGUCCUACUAUUUAGUAGAUCCAAAAUUAAUUAACAGGCUCGUUCAAAAAGCCAGACCUGAGCCCUGCAUUGAUGAACAUGACUUGACACCUGCAUUUAACAGAUUGGUAUCCGAACAGCCUCCAUGUCCGUCAAAGAAUGUGGAUAGUAGCAGGACACCACUAGGUUUCGGCAGAAGGGGUGUGCAAAAUUUACUUGAAAGUUUACGAUCUAACGAAAAAGAUGAAGUGAUUGCCAGUUUAAACACUGCAUGUGAUUUAGCACACGAUUCCAUUUAUACACCUAUGAUGGUAAAACAAAGGGUGUUGUGUUACCUAGGAUUGCUUAUAGCUUCUUUCCAUGAAAACAUAUCAGCGAGAACUUUGGAUUUAUUGAAAAUUUUGUCGAUACAGGAUCAAGCCAAGUAUAAGAUAAUUAAUUGCGCUCUUAUCUUAAAAUCAUUGGAAUCCUCUUUGAGUACGCAUAACUUGAGUAUAAAAUACAAAGCAGCUGAAUUACUGUACGAAUUAAGCAACAGUUGUCAAACGGCACCUCUUUUAAUAGACGCUAAUUAUAUCCCCAUAAUUAUGGAAAAAAUUAAAGACGAAUCUUGUUCAGAAUUCGUAGCCCUUCUGUUAAAAACUUUGGAGCGCAUCAUAAGAUGGCAAGGUAAAUGUUUAGCAAUGUACGACAAUGGAUUUCUAAAUCUGACCAACUUACUUCAACACUCAAGUAAAAGCAUCAUAGUCGCCGUUCUAAAUUGUCUGAAAGUGUUGACUGAAACAAGAGCCGGUAAAAAUACGGCGUUCAAAAUGAAUUUUUUGGACAAAUUACAAAAGUUCAUGAUGCAUGAAGAUCCUGAUAUACACACGACUGCCGUGAGUGUUUUGAUGAAUAUGGUUAACAAAAUGAAAAUUAAUUUUCACGUUGGCACUAUGCCGAAUAUAUGGGCACGUUUAUUGGAAUUGGUCAAAUGUAAAGAAAAUCCGGUAGUCCAGAUGUACGCGAUGCAAACUUUAACAACUAUUUCUGAUGUCCCUACUACAAGAAAAUUUUUAAAACUGAAUGUCGAAUAUUUGCGCGACAUUCCUGUAGGGAAAGAUGAAAAUCUUAUAAGAUGGAAGACAAAUUUGAUCGAUUAUGUAAAUGCAAUUGACUUUGUUGUUUAAAAGCUUGGGAUAAUAAAAGUAAUUUUAUCUGUA